AUGAAGGGUGUUAUGGGGUUCGGUAAGAGGGGAAAGUUGAGCCCCAGGUAUAUUGGUCCAUUUGAGAUUAUUGACUGUAUGAGCGAUGUAGCUUAUAAGUUGGCAUUACCGCCAGACUUGGUGGGAGUUCAUUCGAUUUUUCAUGUUUCGAUGCUGAAGAAGUACUAUGCUGACAGUACCUACAAUGUUCAUAUGUAUUCUAUGUUGCUUGAUGAGAAUUUGACUUACGAUGAGGAGCCUAUUACGAUCUUGAAUAGGCAGGUUCAAAAGUUAAGGUCGGAGGAGAUUACUUCUGUGAAGGUGCAAUGGAAGCAUCAUCCCGUCGAGGAGGCUCCUAGGGAGACCGACUUCGACAUGUGUAGCCAAUAUCCCCAGUUGUUCACUCAUUCAGUCUUUUCGGCAUUUUCGCCCUUUUCCGAGCAUUAA